ACGAAACGCCACAGAUUCUGGGAAAACCAGACUGUGAUGGAUGGAAGCUUAAGCUUAGGAUAAUUAUUAAAGAAAGAAAUACUUACCAAUUUAUAAUAAUUCCAAAAGGACCCUGAAUGUGAAAAUAUGUGGUUUCAAUUGCUGUCUCUACUCUUACUUCCUCUAUGGACAGAGGGGAGUGACGAAAUUCACUCCCUUGAGUACAUCUACACCGCACUGUCCAAGCCAAUUGGUCUCCCUGGUAUCUACGAGUUCACAGCCAUGGGAAUCCUGAAUGAUAAAGAGAUUGACUAUUACAACAGCCAGGAGAAGCUUAAGAUUCCAAGACAGGAGUGGAUGAAAGAGCGCCUGGAUGAGAAUUACUGGGGUAAAGGAACACAGUCCCGCAGGAGCAAAGAGCAGUGGUUCAAAGUCAACGUCAACAUUCUGAUGGAUCGCAUGAGACACAACAGCUCUGAUAUCCAUGUGCUCCAGUGGAGACAUGGUUGUAAGGGUGUCCAACAGCCUGAUGGAUCUCUAAAAUUUAAAGAAGGCUUUGACCAGUAUAGCUAUGAUGGUGAGGACUUUCUGUCCUUUGAUGAAUCCAACUCACGAUGGAUUGCUCCAGUUCCAGCAGCCCAGCCCACAAAAAAAAAAUGGGAUGACUCUCAGACCCUGAACCAGUACACUAAAGGCUAUCUGCAGAAGGAGUGUAUGGACUGGUUAUCAAAGUUCAUGUAUUAUGGGGAAGUAGAUCUGAGGAAACACUCUCCUCCAAAGGUUUUUGUCUUUGCAAAGAAGUCUAAAAACCCUGGAAAUAUGGUUCUUCACUGCCUGGCUACUGAAUUCUAUCCAAAAGAUGUUGUAGUAGAAAUAUAUAGGAAUGGCAUUGCCUUGACUGAGAGGGAUGGGGUUCUGUCCACUGGUGUCAGACCCACUGGUGUCAGACCUGAUAGAGAAAAUCCCGAUGAGAGACCAGAGGAAACAUUUCAGCUGAAGAAGUCUCUGGAGAUCCCAGAGAAUGAUGACAGAGAGUACAGCUGCAAAAUCAAUCACAGGGCCUUGAAGGAACCUGUUCACAAAACUUGGGAUCGUACCUGCUGUGACUGUAAAGACAACAAAAUUGGGAUCAUCGUCGGGGUGCUGCUUGUCAUACUCUUGGCUGCUGUUGGUGGGAUUGUGUUCUUCCUCUACAAGCAGGGAAUAAUAGUGAAAAACAAAGCACAGGGCUCCAAAGACAAUGACUCUGGACAUGGCUCAUCAAACAGCAACAGCAAUGAGAACCUGAAUGGAGGGAAACAAUCUCCGAAUGGCAAUGACAGCUCUAGCAAGAACUCUGAGGAGGAAAACCUGCUGACGGAUGUAAAAGUGACAAAUGGAACCCAGGGCUCCAAAGACAGUGACUCUGGACAUGGCUCAUCAGACAGCAGCAGUAGUGAGAACCUGAAUGGAGGGAGACAAUCUCUGAAUGGCAGUGACAGCUCCAGCAACAACUUUGAGGAGGAAAACCCGCUGAUGAAUGUAAAAGGUUCCACAGACUCAGGAAAGAGCUCAGUCCAGAAUGAGAAGUGUUAAGUGAAUAUCCAGUUGCUGGACAGUGGUACAAAGGCUUAAUACAUCAGCCCUCAAAUACAGUAUAUCCUGUAACUGAACUCUAAAACUGUCAGGAGAGGAACAGAAGAGAAGAUGUGAACUGUCAUUGUGGCUCUUUUCCUCUACUGGUGCCCGCUGAAUUUAUGUGAAUGAAAAUUGCAAUUUAGAAACAGAUUUUAAAUAAUAAAUGAUCCUGUGUAUAUUCCAAGGGUUAGGUUUAGGCUAUGAUAGUAAUGGGUCAUAGACACAGAGCCAGAGAGACACACUACAUGACAUCCUCACACUCUCUCUGUACUGUACUCUCUGGUCUGUGGUAAGAGGCAGAAGUCUUUUUUUUUUCUAUUUUAUUUCUACUUUUUCAUAUUACGCUGACAAAUCAUUGAGUCACAUUCAUGAAGGUAUUGCUCAUUACCUCAACUCUUCAAAAGCUUAUUUUUGUGGUACUUGUAUACUUGCAUUACAUAAGAAUUUAUCUGCACUAAUUUUUAGACAUGUAAGUUGACUGGUAUGGGUUGGUAAAUACUAAAUUGUCAACUCUUAAGUUGCUCUUUGUGUGAGUAUGACUACCCUUGCAGCUGAAGGAUGACCUCUGCAACUUUGAUUGGAUGUGGCAACUACUGAUAUAAAUGGAAGCAUCCUGAGUUUUUUUUUUUUUUUUUUUUUUUUUUUUUUU